AUUAACACAUCGAAAAUAUAAACACUCACAGAUUGGCCAUGAUGGCGAGUCUACGAAAAUCACCACAGCCGACCCCACCACCCGACCACCUCACCGCCCUCCCCUCCGAACUCCUCCAAAACAUCAUCUCCUACCUCUUCCCAACCCACGAACCCGAUAAAGUCCUCCUCCGCAGAGCACCUCGCAGCGCUCCCCACGACCUCGAACGCCUAUCCAACACCUGCCGCACGCUCCACCACGAAGUCCACGCCUGGGCGCAACACUUCCUCCUCCAACACCAAUCCAUCACAAAAUUCAAACCUCCCAAGAAUGCAUCCGCAAAGCGCAGAAAGCCCUCCUCCAAAACCCCCACCAUGUCCCAAACAAACUACCUCCGCAAUCGCAACCGCUCCUCCCAAGCCCUCCUAACCUGGUCCACAACAAAAUGUACCUUCUGCGGCAAACCCUCCUCCCGCUCCGCAAUCCUCAUGAACGGUCUAAACUGUUGCUCCGCAUGCGAUAGCACCCACUGGCCCGACAAAAUGACCAAGACCUCCGCUUUGAAAGACUACGAUCUCAAGCCCUAUCAUCUCGACACUUCCCUCGCAGAAGACUGGGAUCCGGCACAGAUAGCUUGGAUAAAGGCGAAGAAAGUACGAUAUGGGGUUUACAUCUGUCAGGGUGCUCCGACGACGAUGCUGCUGAGAAAGGAUAUUGAGGCAAGGGCGAGGGAGGUUCAUGGGCAGGAUUGGGAGGAACAUUUGAUGAGGAAGAGAGAGGGGAGGGUGAAGAGGAGGGAGAAGUGGGUGGAGAAUAAGAAGAAGAAGUUGGUUGAGGAGGAAAGGGUAGCAAGGGAGGAGGAGAGGAGGAGGAGAGAAGAGGCGAUUGUGGUAGGAGAUUCAUCAGAUGAGGACGACGAGGGAAGCUUCGAUGUGGCAACGGGGGAAGGAGCAAGUGCAGAAGAAGUGAUUGUUAUUGAUUGAGUGAUGAGGACAACAGAGAACUUCCGUUUCACAAAUGAUACCCACAGUACGACGACUACGAUAGCACGAGAUAUGACCUUACGACUGAGCAGUGCUUAGACCAGGAGAGUGACAAAGU